ACCGAAUUCGACUCUUUGUCCGUUUAUACCUUACUCUACAACCAGAAGAAUGGCCAGAUUUCAGUUCGUUAGACAUCUUCACAGAACUGCGCCUUUGAGCAGAACGUGGACUGAGUUCUACUUAAGACAAUCCCGUUCCAUAUUGAAAGGUAUAGCCAUCUUCUACGCCGGGGCCGCUGCUUGUGGUACUGUGGGAUACUUUGGUGGUAAGUGGUACGUUGAUCAGUGGCAGCCGAUGUGCUCUUCGUGGUCUCUUUAUUCCAAAUGCUUGGGAAGAUUGGGUGUUUAUCUUCAAGAGACUGGCGAUGACGCCAAUGCGGAGAUGAGUAUUAUCUACUGCUUGAAGGCCAUUGGCCAGGAUGAAGGCAUCGAACAGCCAGAAGAUGAAAGUAAUCCAAGGCUGUUCAAGCUAUUGACGGCUGAUCAGCUGAAUGAUCAUAAAUCUGAUGAGUUCAAGUCGAGAUAUUUGGACUUGGUUAUGAGAUUAGCCCUCAUAAAAGGUGAAAAUGGUGAUUUUGAGAACAGCUGGAAGCUCUGCCAGUACUCAAUAAAUUUACCAAUGGACAAAGGCUCCAGACAUUUGAAGUCUCAGAUGCUUCGCCUGGCCUCGAAACUGGACCUGCAAAAGGGUGAGGUCCAACCAGCCGAGUUUUAUCUUUUGGAUGCGGUUAGGUUCAACGAAUACUAUGAAGAUGGUGUUAGAUUUGUUCAGCAUGGAUCUUUAACGCUUUCGAAGGACUCCAAUGUGCCAAAUGAGCUGUUCCAUUCGUUAUUGGACCUUGGUGUUGUGUAUACAAAGGAGAAGCAGUACACUAAGGCUCUGGAGAUCUUUUUAAAUCUGUUACAAGUGACAGAACACGACAAACCAGAGGGCUUUGUUGAGGCCAAUAGAUCUCUGCUGAAGAACUACGUUGGAGAGAUAUUGUAUUCUCAAGGCUUAACCAAUCAGGCGAUCGAAUGGUGUCGUGACUCUUUCAAAGAGGCAAGAAUUAACAGCAAGUUUGACCCAUUUAGUGCAACAAUCACGAAGCAAUCUCUACAAAACCUGGUUAAGCUAUACGAGAAGAUUGGUGAUGAUGACUUGAAGAACCAAGCUCAACAAGAGUUGGAUAAAUGUGUCAUCCCAGUAAAGGUCAACAGAGACUGGGCUUUAUUGGAGAAGAUGCUCAGCUGAUGAACCUCCUGUCCAUAUUAUUUAUUCUGAUCAACGACUGUUGUAAUUACACAUGAAAUACUUUAUUAACAAAAUACAAAACACCAAACAAGUAAAACGACUGUAUAUAAAUCAACCAGACCUCUCCUUUUCGUCAUUAUAAUU